GAUUCAGUAAAAGGAGACUUCUUGGCUGCUAACCUGGAAAAGAACCUUUCGUUUCCCUCAAUCUUAAACUGUUCAGCAAGGGUUAAGGUAGGCAUUAUUGUAAUGAUUAAUUGAGUACAAGUGAAACACUCAAGCGUUGCUUGUGCUGCUGGUAUUUCUCUUCGGCGCUUUUAUUGUAUUCGAUAGCGUAGAGAGGAUCUGCAAGACGUUAUCCCACUCAUCCGCAUUGUCGAGUUAUGGGUAAUAGGUUCUGAUUGCUGGAAGGAAUUCUAGGACAUAAUACCUUUCUCUGCUUAACAGUGAUCAAGGUGGAGCACCAAUAUUUCUCAUUCAACAUGCGCAAGGGAGAGUCAUCUGCAAGAAAGGAGAUAAAAAGAGAUGAAUGGGAGAAAAGGCUCAAUGAUGUAAAGAUUAGAAAAGAAGAUAUGAAUAAGCUCAUAAUGAAUUUUCUUGUCACAGAAGGCUAUGUUGAAGCAGCUGAGAAGUUUCAGCUAGAAUCGGGCACAGAGCCAGAUAUGGAUCUUGGAACGACAACAGAUCGAGUGGCAGUGCGCACAGCUAUUCAAUAUGGCAAUGUAGAAGCUGCUAUUGAGAAGGUCAAUGAUUUAAAUCCAGAGAUUUUGGACAUGAAUCCCCAGUUGUAUUUCCAUCUACAGCAACAGACAUUAAUCGAACUCAUACGCAAUGGUAAGCUACAAGAGGCUCUUGAAUUUGCACAGGAGGAAUUGGCACCAAGAGGAGAAGAAAAUCAUGACUUCCUAGAAGAAGUUGAGCGUACUGUUGCAUUGCUAGCCUUCGAAGAUCCAUCAACUUGCCCUGUUGGAGAAUUUUUAGACAUUUCUCAGCGUCAAAAGACAGCUAGUGAAUUGAAUGCUGCAAUUCUAACUAGUCAAAAUCAUGAAAAAGACCCUAAACUUCCAAAUCUACUAAAGAUGUUAAUUUGGGCUCAAGCACAGCUUGAUGAGAAACUCCGUUACCCACAUAUUACGGAUAUUGUGAAUGCAACGAUGGAGGAUCCUAUUGUUUGACCAACUGGCUUGAAGUUGACAUUUCUGUUUUUCUUCGUCAUUGCAGUUUCCCUACACAUGCCUAAAAGCUUAAAGCUUCACAUGUUUUCGUCUCACAGUCUGCUUUCUUGAAUGCUCCUAUAAGUGGAGAUUUAUGCUUAUUUCCUGGGAGUUUAAGCUGCAGGGAUCCAUAAAGAAGGAUGUUCCAACUUUGUAAAUGACUUGUGCUAUAUUUUAUUAAAUCCAAAAUAUUGCGCGCAACAUAAUAAUCUGCAAGUCAUUGUCCUAAUAAAAUAGAUCCAUAUGUAUAGAGAAGUUCUGAGGUUGAUUAGAUAGAUCAACUCAUUCUUUUGUUGCUGCCAUGUUUGGAUGUAUGUGUAUGUGUUCUCACAUCUCCUCUCCCAUGCACACAUGCGAUACAAACACAUCUCGUCAAUGUGAAAUCUUUUUGUUGCAUA